GGCAUUUGACUUUGAAGAGGCUCGAAGAGUUGGUCCCCGCUCCCUCAAAGAAGAUGCAGGCACGCAUAGAGGCAGGUGUGGUGCACUCACCUUAUCCGUACAAUCCGCGCGCACAUGAUGCCUCUGCAUACGGCCUUCUUUGGGACAAGCUUGCGUCGCAUGGAUCGAAGACAGCCUUGAUAUGCGGAGACGAAAAGCUAACCUACGGUGAACUGCGAGAGAAAGUGUUGCACAGCGCAGCAAAAUUCCGCCGCCAAGGCAUCGGCAAAGGCGAUCGGCUUUAUGUGCACAUCGGCAACUCUAUCGACAGCUUCGUCGCUGUGUGCAGCGUCCCGCUCACGGGAGCGUCUUUGGUGUCAUCCGACAUCAUGUGGCGUGAAGAUGACAUUGUGGACAAGAUAGAGAAAUCCAAUGCCACUCACGUUCUCACCGAUGUAAUUUAUGCCGAAAUGUUUGCUCGUAUUACCAACCGCUGCAAAAUAAAAAAGACCUUUUUAGUAGGCGAGAGAAGGUCCGGCUUGGACAGCGGGCUUGGGCUCUGCAAUAAUAACGAAUCGCAUUGUGAAAUCGACAUCUUUGACACGGGUGAUGGCAAACUUGUGACAUGGACCACUGCGCCAGAUGGUGCAUCUAAGGACCUUGAGAUCCCUCUAGAUCGCUUUCUGGCCCAAACCACCAGUCUUGUCGAUGCCCAGAUGCUUACUUCAGAUGAUGCAUUUCUUGGCGACAUCAACAUAUCUUUUCUCCUGAUAUUAUCGUUUUGGAUUCUGGCGCUCCAUCAAGGAUCGGUGAUUCUCAUCAGCAGGACGUGCCAUGCAGUACCUUUUGACGUUUUCGACGCCGUCAAAGACUUCAAGGAGGUGACCAUCGUCAGCUUCGCUUCAAGGAUGAAACAGAUACUGAAUUUCAUUAAGACGUCCGACAACUCGGACAUCCAGCUGAAAAAGUCACUCAGGAGAAUCAUCCUCUUCGGCUCCUCAACCCCGCCAGAGCUGGCGAAAGAGCUGGCUAGCACUUUCCAGUUGAAAGACCUUCGCAGCUGGUAUGGCAUGAACGAGGCCGGCGGAUUUUUGACUGUUCCUCCAAAUGGAGAUGUGUCCGGCAUAGAUGUUGGCUUCCCGGUACCUGGCGUCAGGAUGAAGAUAAUUGAUUCAAUCAGCGGCAAGAUACUGGGGCCAAUGCAACGCGGAGAAGUGCACUUCUAUACACCGUACGCUGCAAGUGGCUACUCGGGGCAUUCACAAGAUACGAUUGACAUUAUGGAUGAACAAGGCUGGAUACAUACGGGUGACCUUGGUUACUACGACCACGAUGGAAGACUGUUUUUGUGUGGUCGGCUGAAGGAAAUGAUGGUAUGCCAAUCGAGGAAGGUGAAUCCAGCUGAGAUAGAAUGCUGCCUGAUGGAACACGCUGCCGUAGAAGAGGUGGCCGUCGUAGGCAUACCCUGUCCGGAUGGUGAAGAGUUCCCUGCUGCCAUGGUCGUCACAAAGCACGGAUAUUCCCAAAACCAGGACCUUGCCAACGACUUGAAGCGCUACGUGGCUGAACGAACUGCCUCCUUCAUGCACCUGCGCGGUGGAGUCUACUUCACUGACGCUCUGCCGAAGAGCACCCGUGGGAAGGACAGGGCCAAUAUGCUUCGAGAGCGGCUCGCAACCCUGCCGAGAUUGGACAACGCCGAAGAAAGCGAAGCUAGUGAAUGCGUCUACUAGAAGGUUCUUGAGCUUGGACCUCGAUACAGAAUGCCCCACGGAAAGCACCUGUCUUGUAGAUGUGUAGCACGCUAAAGUUGUUUAAGUCAAGUGGUCGAAACUUCCCGAUUACUUGAAGCGAGGUAGCAAAUAAAGAAUACCCUACUGCAAUA